GUGUGUCUCAACAUGGGCCUGGAGCUCUAUCUGGACCUCCUGUCAGCAUCCUGCCGUGCUGUCUAUAUCUUUGUCAAGAAGAACAGCAUCCCCUUUGACUUCCAGUUUGUGGAUCUGCUGAAAGGUCACCACCACAGCAAGGAAUACAUAGAGAUCAACCCCCUGAAGAAGCUACCCAGCCUCAAAGAUGGAAGAUUUAUCUUAUCUGAAAGUGUGGCCAUCCUUUUCUACCUGUGCCGCAAGUACAGCACACCCUCGCACUGGUACCCACCAGACCUGCACACACGCGCCCGUGUGGAUGAAUUCAUGGCUUGGCAGCACACUGCCAUUCAGCUGCCCAUGAGCAGGAUCCUCUGGAUCAAGAUGCUGAUCCCAAGGAUCACAGGUGAGGAGGUUCCAGCCGAGAAGACAGAGCAGAUGUUGACAGAGGUGAGGACAAACAUGCAGCUCUUUGAGGAGAAGUUUCUGCAGGACAAGAUGUUCAUCACCGGGGAUCACAUCUCACUGGCUGACCUGGUGGCCCUGGUGGAGAUGAUGCAGCCCAUGGGAGGCAACUAUAACGUCUUCCUCAAUAGCUCCAGGUUAGCUGAGUGGCGCAUGAGGGUGGAGCUGGCCAUUGGCUCUGGCCUCUUCUGGGAGGCCCAUGACCGGCUGAUGAAGUUGGCAGAGUGGGACUGUUCAACACUGGAUCCGAUGGUCAAGGAGAAGAUCUGCGAGUUGCUGCAGAAGUUCAGAUAGAAGCAGAACUUCUGCAG